AUACAAUCGACUUGCUUCCAACUCUGGUCACAGCUCUAUUGUGAAAUGUAGAAAAUUUUAUAGAUUUUAAGAACGAAAACAAGCGGAUAUUAUACGGAAAAAGUGAAUGUAGUGCGAAUCGAAAGUGAAAUAUUCAAUAUUUCUUAAUGAAGAGAACAGAAAUCAUGUCGACGACAUCGAUUGUCCAACAAUUUGUGACGGGACUCAAGUCCCGUAAUCGUGUUGUGCAAAGCAAGGCUGCACAAGAUCUUUUCCUCUAUGUCAAGACCGAACUGCGAGAAAUGUCCCAGGAGGAGUUGGUGCAGUUCUUCGAUGACUUUAAUCAUCAAAUUUUUAGCAUGGUUAUGUCUACCGACAUAAAUGAGAAGAAGGGUGGUGUGUUGGCCAUAAAGUGCCUAAUCAGCGGUGAUGUUGUGAACACUAUGAAACGGAUAACACCAUAUUAUAAUCAUUUGCGCGAUUUGUUGCCUUGCAAUGAUGUCUCUGUGAUGGAAAUUGCAGCUCGCACCCUAGUUAAGUUGGCCAAUUUGCCCGGUUCGAAGGGUGCAGAAUCCUUUGAGUUCGAUAUAAAAAGGGCAUUUGAAUGGUUAAGUGGCGACAGACACGAAUAUCGCCGUCAUGCUGCUGUUUUUAUUCUACGUGAAUUGGCUGUAGCAAUGCCAACAUAUUUUUACCAGCAAAUAUCCACAUUCUUUGAUCACAUUUUCAAUGCAAUUUUUGAUCCUAAACCCGCUAUUCGCGAAUCAGCUGGCGAAGCUUUAAGGGCCGCCCUUAUUGUGACAGCACAGCGUGAAAAUACGAAACAAUCUAGCGAACCACAAUGGUACAAAAUCUCAUACGCUGAAGCCUGCAAAAGCUUUAACGAAGACAUAAAUGUUGCCCAGAAAGAACCCAAGGGUAUGACACGUGAUGAUCGUAUUCACGGUAGUAUGAUAAUUUUCAACGAGCUAUUCCGUUGUUCAAAUGCUUCGUGGGAACGUCGAUAUAACACAUUGAAGGCCUUAUUACCGGAUACCAUGUCCGGUAAGUUGGGUGAUGGUUCUGCAGCGUCAUAUAUUAGUGGAGGCAAUGGAGGAAGUAGCUCCGGUAGCAGCAGCCAUCAAUUGACAACAAUAGUGCCUCGCUUAAAGGCGCCAUUUGCUAAAAAGCUUGGUUCCACACGUUUGGUGGAGAUGGGCGAGAGUCAACAGGGCAGUCACAAAUUUACUGGGUCCAAUGUUCUUGAAUCAUCCUAUGCUCGUGAAGUCAUAAUGGAACAUUAUACAGUCAUCUGUGAUAGUAUCAUCGAGCAAAGACUCUCCAAAUGUACAUAUGUCCAACAAGCCUUGCUACAAAUUCUACCUCGUCUAGCGGCAAUAAAUCGUGAAGUUUUUGUUCAAAAAUAUUUGAAUAAGUGUAUUAGUCAUCUGUUGAAUGUGCUCAAAAGCAAAGAGAAGGAUCGCAAUGUGGCCUAUAUAACGAUCGGUUUUAUAGCUGUAGCUGUGGAGCGCGACAUAAAUAAGCAUUUGAAGACAAUAAUGUCAGCCAUAAAAAUGGCUUUACCAGCCAAGGAUGCCGCAAAUAAACGUAAAACCACAAUUGAUCCGGCAAUAUUUGCCUGUAUUACUUUGCUAGCGAAUGCCGUCAAAGCUGGCAUUACAGAAGAUAUUGGUGAGAUUUUGGAACAAAUGUUUUCCACUGGAUUGUCACCAGCAUUGACGGUGUGUCUAAGGGAACUGGCCGAGAAUGUGCCUGAUUUAAAAUCUGCCAUUGCCGAGGGCUUGAUUGGAAUAUUGUCACAAAUAUUGAUGAACAAACCGGUUGCAACCACCUAUGGUACAAUGAUGCCCAUGAUGGAUUCAUCACAGGUUGUUCCAACAAUUGUCUUGGCCCUACGCACCUUGGGUACAUUUAAUUUUGAGGAACAGAAUAUGUUGGAUUUUGUACAACGUUGCGCCGACUAUUUCAUAAAUGAUGAACUACAGGAAAUCCGUUUGGAAGCAGUACAAACAUGUACACGUCUGCUUAAAUUGGCAGUGCAGCAGGCCGACAGUAGUGAAAAUUCGAAAACUCUUAGCGACACAGUGUCGCAUGUCAUUGAACGUCUGCUGAUAGUGGCCAUAACCGAUAUGGAUUGCAAUGUCCGUGUGCGUAUCUUACGCUCACUAGAUGAGACCUUUGAUGCUGAGUUGGCACAACCCGAGUCCCUAAGUGCCCUGUUCAUCACUUUAAACGAUGAGAUCUUUGAAAUUCGUGAAUUGGCAAUGGUCACAAUUGGUCGCUUGUCUGCCAUGAAUCCGGCCUAUGUUAUGCCAAAAUUGAGACGAGUUUUGGUCCAAUUACUUACCGAAUUGGAGCACUCAGGCAUGAGCCGUAACAAAGAGCAAAGUGCCCGUAUGUUGGAUCAUUUGGUUAUAAGUACACCACGUUUAAUCUCGUCGUAUAUGAAUCCGAUAUUGACUAUUUUGGUGCCGAAAUUGCGUGAACCCGAGUCAAAUCCUGGCGUCAUUUUGAAUGUUCUGAGAGCUGUGGGUGAUUUGGCUGAAGUUAAUGGUGGCUCUAAUGAAAUGGAGCUAUGGGCCGAUGAAUUGCUUUCUAUAUUGCUGGAAAUGCUGGGUGAUGCCGGUUCGCCGGACAAAAGAGGUGUAGCCCUGUGGACUCUAGGUCAGCUGAUUAGUGCAACGGGACGUGUUGUUACUCCCUACCACAAAUAUCCAGUUUUGAUCGAUAUUCUCAUUAAUUUCUUAAAAACCGAACAACGUAAAUCCAUACGCCGGGAAACUAUUAGAGUACUGGGCUUACUGGGUGCCAUGGAUCCCUACAAACAUAAAAUGAACAAGGGCCUAAUUGACAGCCAAAAAGAUAGUGUACUUAUUUCACUUUCCGAUUAUAAAGUGGAGGAGAAUCAAGACAUAUCUACGGCGGAGCUUUUAGUAAACAUGGGCAAUAUUUUGGAUGAAUACUAUCCAGCUGUGGCCAUUGCUGCUCUUAUGGGUAUUUUACGCGACCCCACCUUAUCCAGUCGUCACACAAGCGUAGUUCAGGCUGUUACCUAUAUCUUUCAAAGUUUAGGCAUUAAAUGUGUACCAUAUUUGUCUCAAGUAUUGCCUAGUCUUUUGGAGAAUGUUCGAACUGCCAAUAACAAUUUGAGGGAGUUCCUGUUUCAACAGUUGGCCAUUUUGGUUGAAAUUGUACGGCAACACAUUAUCACCUACAUGAAUGACAUAUUCAAGCUGAUAAAGGAGUUCUGGACCAACAACACACCACUGCAAGUAACCUUGAUUAACUUAAUAGAACAGAUCGCUGUGGCCUUGGGCGGCGAAUUCCGUAAUUACUUGGCCCAAUUGAUACCACAAAUCCUAAGGGUUCUGCAACAUGACAAUUCCAAAGAUCGUAACGUUACCAGACGCCUCUUACAAGCUCUACAGAAGUUUGGCAACAAUUUGGAUGACUACUUGCAUUUAAUUGUACCGCCCAUUGUAAAGCUCUUUGAUUCGCCCUAUGUCCCACAACAGGUUUCCAAUUGCGCCCUGGAAACCAUCGACAAUUUGGCUUGGAAUUUGGAUUUUACCGAUUUCUCCUCGCGCAUCAUACAUCCUUUGGUGCGAGUGCUGGACACAGAUGCUGAGCUAAGGGAUCAGGCCAUGUCCACACUAUGUUCGUUGGUUAUACAGCUGGGCAAGAAGUAUUUGGUCUUUGCACCCCUGGUUAAUCGCACCAUUGCCAAGCAUAGAAUUGUCAACUCACAAUACGAAAAACUAAUGGCUAAGCUGCAGUCAAAUACCACUAUGUGCUUUGAGGAAGAGUUUCUAAUGCGCCAGGCCAAAUUCAAACAGAACACCGCUGCCAAUGUGAUGAGUGAUGUCAAUACCACGAUUAAAAAGCUAAAUGUAUCCACCAAGCAGUUGUGCAUGGCUUGGCAGGUAAAUCGCCGUGUAUCCAAAGACGAUUGGGUGGAAUGGCUGAAACGCCUAUCGAUUGGCCUACUGAGGGAAUCCCAGUCACAUGCUUUGCGUGCCUGUCGUGUACUUGCGGAGGAUUAUGAUAAAUUGCUAAGAGAUCUCUUCAAUGCCGCAUUUAUAUCGUGUUGGUCGGAACUGAAACCGGAACAUAAAAAUGAAUUGACUCAGUCGUUAAUUCAAGCCCUGCAGGUCACCGAUAUGCCCGAAAUCACCCAGACUAUUCUGAAUUUAGCUGAAUUCAUGGAACAUUGCGACAAAGAUCCCAUUCUAAUCGAUCCCAAGUUAUUGGGAACAAGGGCUAUGGCUUGCCGUGCCUACGCCAAGGCAUUGCGUUACAAGGAAGAGGAAUUCAUGUCACACAAAGAUCCGCAUGUUUUCGAGUCGCUGAUUUUGAUAAACAACAAAUUGCAGCAAAAAGAAGCUGCUGAAGGUCUGCUUACCACCUAUCGCAAUUCGGUUGGCAGUGAAAAUCCUCGAUUCAAAGAUGAACUCAAAGUUCAGGGUAGAUGGUACGAGAAGUUACACAACUGGGAUCAAGCCCUCAUUCACUAUCAACGCAAUUUGCAUCAGGAUAAGACCGAUCUGGAAUCCCGUCUCGGUAGUAUGCGAUGUCUGGAGGCUUUGGGCGAGUGGUCUCAAUUGAGCAGGGUGUCCAAGCAGGAAUGGGACACUCUCAACAAAGAUAUCAAAUCGAAAGCAGCACCUCUGGCUGCCGUGGCCUCUUGGGGUCUACAAGACUGGGAUUCGAUGCAGGAAUACGUAAAAUGUAUCCCCGAAGACACCCAAGAUGGAUCCUUCUACAGAGCUGUACUUGCUGUACACCACGAUGAGUUUGAGCUAGCUCAACGCUUGAUAGACGAAACUCGUGAUUUACUCGACACCGAAUUGACUUCCAUGGCAGGUGAAUCGUAUGAGCGGGCUUAUGGUGCCAUGGUUUGUGUGCAAAUGUUGGCUGAAUUGGAGGAGGUUAUACAAUACAAGCUGAUACCAGAACGACGCGAACCACUGAAGAACAUGUGGUGGAAACGUUUACAGGGUGGUCAACGUUUGGUGGAAGACUGGCGUCGCAUAAUUCAAGUCCACUCGUUAGUGGUACGUCCUCAUGAGGACAUACACACUUGGUUGAAGUAUGCAUCGCUUUGUCGCAAAUCUGGUUCAUUGCAACAAUCCCACAAAACACUGGUCAUGCUCCUGGGUGUAGACCCCAAAGAGAAUCCCAAAGAUCCAUUGCCCUACAACUUACCUCAGGUGACAUAUGCCUAUACCAAACAUAUGGCAGCAUCGGAAAAUGUACAAGGCGCCUACGAUCAAUUGAGUCGCUUUGUCAACACCUACAGCAGCCAGUUGAGUUGUAUGCCGGAUGCAUAUAAACAAGAGGACCAUCGACUUUUGGCCAGGUGCUAUUUGCGAUUGGCCACAUGGCAGAAUAAGUUACAGGACUUGGAACCCAAUGCUGUCCAGGGCGCUUUGGAAUGUUUUGAAAAGGCUGUCGAAUACGAUCCGAAUUGGUAUAAAGCUUGGCAUUUGUAUGCUUACAUGAACUUUAAGGUAGUUCAGUCCCAAAAACAGGCCCUGGAAAAUCUUAAAUCUCCCAUGGAUCUACACAAUACAGCCAUGCUAAUUGAAAAAGAGAAAAUGAUAAUAGAGCAGUAUGCCGUGCCAGCAGUCCAUGGUUUCUUCAAGUCUAUUAGCCUCAUAAAGGGCAACUCUCUGCAAGAUACACUUCGUCUGUUGACAUUAUGGUUUGAUUAUGGUCACCAUUCGGAAGUCUACGAUGCUCUGCUGUCCGGUAUGAAACGCAUUGAAAUAAACACAUGGUUGCAGGUGAUACCGCAGUUGAUUGCUCGCAUUGACACACAUCGCAAUCUGGUUGGUCAACUGAUCCAUCAACUGUUGAUCGACAUUGGAAAGAAUCAUCCACAGGCAUUGGUAUAUCCUCUGACAGUGGCGUCCAAAUCUGCCUCCAUGGCACGGAAAAAUGCUGCAUUUAAAAUUCUGGAUUCCAUGCGAAAAGAUUCACCCACUUUGGUGGAGCAAACCAUGAUGAUAAGUGAGGAACUGAUUAGAGUUGCAAUUUUGUGGCAUGAACAGUGGCACGAGGGAUUAGAGGAAGCUUCGCGUCUAUACUUUGGAGAUCGCAAUAUCAAGGGAAUGUUUGAUAUUUUGGAACCGUUGCAUUGUAUGUUAGAGCGUGGACCACAAACGCUAAAGGAAACAUCGUUUUCCCAAGCCUACGGACGAGAACUAACCGAGGCCUAUGAAUGGACGCAGCGUUAUAAGUCAUCAAAUGCUCUUACCGACUUGGAUCACGCCUGGGAUAUAUACUAUCAUGUGUUCCAGAAAAUAUCUCGACAGCUGCCUCAGUUAACCUCCUUGGAAUUACCAUAUGUUUCGCCCAAGCUUUUGGCAUGCAAAGAUUUGGAGUUGGCUGUGCCGGGCUCAUACAACCCGGGCCAUGCCCUCAUAAGUAUCAGUUAUAUCAAAACAAAUCUUCAGGUUAUCACAUCCAAACAAAGGCCUCGCAAAUUGUGCAUACGCGGUUCGAAUGGCAAGGACUAUAUGUAUUUGCUUAAGGGCCAUGAGGAUCUGCGGCAAGACGAGAGAGUCAUGCAACUUUUCUCAUUGGUAAAUACGCUGUUGCUCGACGAUCCAGACACGUUCCGCCGUAAUUUAGCCAUACAACGGUAUGCGGUUAUACCUUUGAGUACGAAUUCUGGUCUCAUCGGUUGGGUACCACAUUGUGACACUUUGCACACUCUGAUAAGGGAUUAUAGAGAUAAAAAGGGUAUACCAUUGAACCAAGAGCAUCGUACCAUGCUGAGCAUAUCUCCCGAUUAUGAUCAUUUGACCCUAAUGCAAAAGGUGGAAGUAUUUGAAUUUGCAUUGGCUCAAACGCCCGGUGAUGAUCUGGCCAAACUGUUGUGGUUAAAGUCUCCCUCGUCUGAGGUCUGGUUCGAGAGACGUACCAACUAUACACGUUCGCUGGCUGUUAUGUCCAUGGUUGGCUACAUUUUGGGCUUGGGCGAUCGUCACCCCUCCAAUCUUAUGUUGGAUCGCAUGAGUGGCAAAAUAUUGCAUAUUGAUUUUGGUGAUUGCUUUGAGGUCGCCAUGACCCGCGAGAAAUUCCCCGAAAAAAUACCCUUCCGUUUGACGCGAAUGCUCAUCAAGGCCAUGGAAGUGACGGGCAUUGAGGGAACCUACAGACGCACCUGUGAAAGUGUCAUGAUGGUGUUGCGUCGCAACAAAGACUCUCUGAUGGCUGUUCUCGAGGCGUUCGUCUAUGAUCCGCUGCUGAAUUGGCGUUUGUUGGACACCGAAACGAAGAAUCAUCGAACCAAGAAUGCAAAUGAUAAUACACACACCGCCACUGGUAUGACGGGCAAUGCAGCCGGCAGUCUAAGCAAUUCCGUCGAUGACAAUAUGUUGCACAGCAACACAAUGGCCAAAUCGAAGGCUUAUGAUGCACAAUUUUCCACAGCUUUGUUGGCUGCGAAUGCCAACAACGCUGACAUAACCAAUAGCAAGGCGAGCAAAGUCAUAAAGCGGGUCAAGCGGAAAUUGACAGGCACAGAUUUUCAGGCGCAGACCAGUUACACUGUACAACAGCAAGUUGAUUUGUUGAUACAACAGGCCACAAAUAAUGAAAACCUUUGUCAGUGCUACAUUGGCUGGUGUCCAUUCUGGUAAAUUCGAGAAAAAUGAAAUGAAGAACGAACAUGAAAUCUUAAAGAUUUCUAACUUAAUUCGAUAGUUUUUAACAACGGUACUUUUUUCAUAAUUUUUACAAACUUAAAAAAUCAUACAUACAUACAUACAUAGGUACAUUUAUUUCUUUUCUGUAUUUUUCUCUAUAUUUAGUCAGUAAGUUUGUGCAUUAAAGGAAGUAAAAAAAAAACAAAUACUUUUCGUCACAUCAUUUAUUUCUAAAUUUUUGUUUCUAUUAUUUAAGCCUGCAAUUUCUUUUUCAAAAUAGCUCUUUAAGUAUAAAAAAUAUAUAUAUUCUUAAGUCCAUGCGUAUUUUGUUAGCAAUACAAAAUUAUCUGUAUUUCUGUUUUAAAGUUUCUUUUUUAGGCUGCACCUUCUACUAGUCAUAGACGUGUGCUUUGAAAAAUAAAAUAAAAAACUUUUGAAAUAUUUCGCAAUAAAAAUGGCAUAUAAAAAUAUUACAACAGAAAAAUAUCUUUAGAACUUAGAUGGUAAUUUUAUUUGUCAUACAUUUAUAAAAAUGAAUUAAUAAAGAAAAAAAUGGAAAAAAUUACAAA